AUUGGAAAAUAAAAAAAAGGAACCCCACCCUGCCGCAUCGAAGCCCCUCUCCCCCGCAUCCGCAUCUCCUCUCUGCCCUCCUGCGACCUAGGCUUAGGCGCCGCCGCCGACCUUAACACUGAGCUCCAGCGGCCAUAGCCGGCACGGAGGACCCUGCCGAGUUCACCUCGCCAUGCUUGUUAAUCCUUCCGGCCAGAUCCGUCCCUCCCUGCCUCCAACACCCGCGCCCAACCCAUCCCCCACGGCUAGGGUUUGGGGCGAGACCUCGUCUCCACCAUCGGCGUGCCUCCGACGAGCUCCGGCGGCCAUGGCCGAUGCGAAAGACGCUGUCGAGCUCUUCCCCAACCCCAUCGCCAGCGACCCGCACCCCCUCUCGCUCCACCCCCAUAGCUCGUUGACCAGCCUGCUCCGUCAGGUCGUGGACGGCGAGGCUGGGCAGGGAAGAGGAGGUCGCUGAUGAGGUUCGCCGGUCAGACAGGUGCAAGGGCGCCGAUCUCCCUCCUCGUGUUCCCGGACGACGCGCAAGCCAUCCUUCCCUUUCUUCCGUGCGGCUCUACCCUGUCCUGACUUCUCCUCGCCUCGCCGCCGUCCGCUCGACCACAGCUCGCCCCCGUCCACAAAGGAGACAAGUAGCAGCAGCGCCCCAAAUCGAGGGAGGGAGGAUCCUCUCAGGU